GGUGCUACAACUACAAACAUCCGAAUAAAAUCGAAAGAGACCAACACAAGCUGAAUCACUAGACGCUUCCACACCCCAGACCGCGAUCGAGCCGAGCGAUCUAACAAGCGCAUGGAGUCCUCGCUCUGCACAGAAUCGCGGGGCACGUUGACCGGAGCACAUGCCGCUCCGGGUGCCGGCAUGCGGCGCCACCGGCCCCCGGCCCGUGCCAGCGCGUUGGGACGAUGGAGGCCUCGCGCGCUGCGCGCCCACGCGAGCGCGACGGAGCCGGAGCCCCUGGCACCGGCGAAGGGAGGGCAGCCGGCGGUGCCCUGGACCGCGCUGAGGGUGGGCGCGGGCGCGGGCGUCGCGCUCGCUCUGGCCCUGGGCGGCGCCUCGUGGUCAGCGCGCGGCGGUGGCGCCGGCGCCGUCCUCGUGCAGCCGGCCAUGGUGUAUACGCUCAACGCCGUCACGGACGGAACGGAGCGGGGCGGCACCCCGGCAGCGGCGGUGAGGACGAGCGUGGGCGCGCUCUCGGACUCGCUGUUCCGGCGCGAGGACGCGCCCAGAGAAAACGCCACGCUCAUGGACCUCGUCUUCGAGCAAGUCACCAAGGAGCACAUCGGCGACAGGGGGAAGCUGACGAGCCUGCUGCAGAAGGAGUGGGCGGCGUCGCGCGACCCGGAGAGAAAGCUCGACCUCGGCUUGCUGCUCACCGACGUGCUCAUCAAUCAGAGAGAAUGGCAGAGGGCAAAAGAAGUCUGCCAGCAGCUGACCGGCCGCUACCAACGUGACUCGAGGCCAUAUUUACAUUUGGCUGUGGUUAACAUGAUGAUGGCGGUGGAGACCAUGCUAUCUCCGGACACGGCCACCGCCGACGACAUCGAGAAGAUGUCCAAGAACGCCAUGGACGCCUGGAAAGAAUUCAAGAACAAGUACGAGCUGGCCAAGGGAACAACAGAGUCCAGCACCUGACCACCUGAUGCAGUACUGACCAAUUCUUGUGAAGAAUCUUUGUGUCUUUGCUUGCCUGAAGCCUCAAGGCAAUGUUUGUGUUGAGUGCUGACCACUCUUGUGACGCAUCUUUGUGCCUUGCCUGCGUAGUUGCGUGUGUAGUUUAUUCAGUGUCUGGGAGUUCAUGUACUCAUGAAGCCUUAUCUCUUUUGUGUGCUUGUGGCUACCAAAUUUCCCCUCUGUCAUAUUGACGAAGAGUGCAGUCUUCAGACCCUACGAGAAGUAUGGAAGCCACAUAUGCAUAUAUAGUUCACACACUAGUCUGAUAGUUUGUGUAGUACUUUGUGUUACCAAAAGUUUACCUGCUGUA